AUGAGCUGGCUUCGGAACACGUCGCUGUCGCUGGCGAGGCAGCUCUCCAGGUCGCUCGACCCGCGCCAUGACUAUGAGCCGCAGGCCUGCUACAACUCCUUCUGCAAGCACUGGCAGCAAGCGCACGACAUUAUCAUCAAGUCCCAGCCUCAACAUCUCCACGACGACGUCCUCGGCGUGGUGAACCACCUGGAACAGCUGGCGACCCUGCUGGUGCUCGAGGCUAGGGCACGCCAGUUCUGCCCGGAUUCGAACCCUGCCGCUUGCCUCGAGUACCUGCUCAGCGAGAACCUACUGGACAAGCUGUACGAGUGGGCCAUAUGUACCGGCAAAUACGAGAAUGCCGUGCGUCUGGAGGAACUCAAGCUGUUCGGAAGCCUCAUCAGCCACUAUGGUUCACAGGUAAUAGCCGCCGAGCCCUUCCUUCGUCCACUUCUCAAACUGCUCAGCGGCUUCAGAAACGACUUACCGCCGCGGAAUCUAGAAAGUCAGUUGGUCGCUGUACUCAAUCAACUAUGCGUUGUCCUUAUGCAAAAUAUGAAAUUCAUAGACCUCUUCUUUCUUAUGACGCACACGCAGAACGGAUCCCAGGCAGAGUUCAUAAUCGGGCGGCUGCUGCUCGCCUCGGUGCACCGCGAGGGCGCGACUGGCUCGUCGUCCAGGGACGCCCUGCUCCUCUGCGCCAAGAUGUCCGCCCGCUGCGCCCCGCUCGCCCACUGCCUCCUCGCAGGCAACACGUGUCCAGUGCUCGCGACGGGUCUCAGCGGACUGUACUCGCUGUUGCCGCGUACAUUAAACGACAGGAUCGACCGCCUCACACCCGACGACCUCAAGCAAAUGCACAAACUCACGCUAUUCAUAGACUCCCUGGAGUUCUGCAAUGCUGUAGCACAGGUUGCCCACCCAUCCAUCAAGAAGGAGUUGUUAGAUCUCCUGCAGCAAGGCUUCUUGGUGCCCGUCAUGGGGCCAGCACUGUUACAGACGAGAGCGGGGCCGUUGCAGAGUGGCGCCGGCGAGCAGGCGGCCGCCGUGGCCUACCUGGAGCUGGCGCUGCGCAGCGCCACGGCGGGCGGGCUGCUCAGGGCGCUGCUGCACUUCCUCGCCGCGUACGAGUACGACGGCGUGCGGCUGCUCGACGCGCUGCUCGCCAGGCUGGAGGGCGACUCGCAGCUGUCGCUGGUCACCCUGUCGCUCGUGGAGACCCUCGUCGACCUAAACUGCGAGGAUGUCAUGCUGGAGCUGGUGUACAAAUACCUGAUGGGCGGUCACCAUCUGGCCUCAUCGUACAAGCACACGCUAUCAGACCCCGCCCUGUACCGAGAGGCGGCGGUCGCCUUCCUCGCCCUCUCGCCCCGGUGCUGCUCCAGACCCCUGGAGAAGACCAGGGCCUGGAUCAACGAGAUGGCGCUCAACGGCAGGCGGGUGCUGGACUUCAGGGGCGAAGACGACGGCAGACGGAUCAACGGAGUCAACGGCGACAUAGCCAUGAGCAAUCUAGUCCACGAAGUUAAUUUCGAUUACGGAAACCCCAACGAAUCUCUGUACGGCAACUACCACGCGUACCUGCGCGAGGCGCGAUACGAAAUAGCCUCGCGGGCGGCCGCAUGCGCCAGCUGGAGCUGCCCCUACGAGGCGCUCGCCAAGCGCGGCGCGAAAGAGACGGACUGCCCGGCGGCCGCGCGCGAGCAGGACAGCCUGAUAUCCGUCUGCACCAGCGGCUACGGCACGCUGAAGACGAGCGGCACGCCCGACAAGGAGCCGCACAGCCUCACGUCCCUGCUGGACGAGGACGGAACGAGGGGCGAGCAAAGCGGCGAUGGGAAAGAGCAGGACAGCAUCACGUCCGACGGCGCGUGCUGCGACGACGCCGAGCAGUUCGCCGAGGACUCGUUCAUGAGGGGCCUCGCGAAGCAUCGCAGCGGGGAGUGCGAGGUGGAGACGCCGUCGGUGCGAUGCUGGAGGGCGAGCGCCGAGGCUGUCAUCGGCCCGCUGCUGUGCAUUCUCCUAAGGAAGGCGGCCGCCCUCUUAGAGUCCGAAGUGAUUGUUAAUUGCAAAGUGACGAGCAUACUGUCAAAGCUACUAUCGCUUCCGACGCCUUUGCUCGCCUCGCUGCUCUGCUGCCCCGGCUUUAUGCUGCACCCGAACGUGCCUUCUUUAUACCAGAUCCUGUACAAGCUGAAAGAGGAAGUUGACGAGCUGACCGCCGGCCUGGAGAACAGGGACCAGCUGGUCGACAAGGCGAGGGUUUUCCUCGUGCAGCGAGAAAUGUCGCUAGUCAAGUCGCGUGCGCCGACAAACAGCGAUGGUCAAGCGCGAACAACGGACACAAGUCCGCGACAAGACGACUCUCCAUUCCGUCGCGUAGAGGCGAAACGUCGAAGCCUUUCAUCAAGCUUCUCAAAUAUGUUCGGAAGACGACAAUCUUCCUCGCCGACGCAGAGCCCCCAGAGCCCGCAGAGCGGCCCCCACGCGCCGAUACAGAGGCGUCUGGUGUUCACCCAGGAGGCGUAUUGGAGCCAGUCCAUCACCCUCCGUUCGAUUCUCAACGCGGUGCUAUUGGACGAGUGGGUGAAAGAGCUGGCGGCGCUAUGCGAGGAGCACGCACUCAGACUGUCCUCGCGGUACAACGAAGACGAGUGCUACUCUCAAACAGAUGUCCCCUUA